AUGAUCUCGGUCGACUGCAAGUGCGACCGGAUGUAGCUCGAGCUAGUCAGACAUAAUUAUAACAGAUGGCUGCCGUACGUACGUAUACAAUACAUGUAGACAAAUUAUGCCAACGUGUGUGUACGUUAGAUUGGACCAUGAAGCUAUUGGACCCUACAGGCUACACAAAACUGAGCCGUGAGUGAUAGGUAGUCAGUUUAACUCAACUCAAGUGAAUAUUUCUGCAUCGAUUGAGCGGUAAAUUGUGAAAGAAAAUAGGCCUGCGAAAUAUGUCGAAUGUGGUCAGACCAGACAACCAUGUGGGUAUUCGCGAUUGCCAGACCCAGACAUAUGAUCAGACCAAAGAGCUCUAUGAUCAGACCGAUUUGGCACAGGCAGCUGCAGAGAACGAGAAAAACCACCAGAAAGAGCCGGAGGCGUCCGUGACAAGGUCUCCUACAGGAGGAAAAGAUGAUGCGUUUGAGGAAGAUCAGCCAUUGCCAAGUUGCACCAGAACAGAACAGCGCAAGAAUGUGAAGCCACAAAAUGAGCAGUCAACGGGUACACAAGCAUCAACUCGGCCUAAAGACUGUGCGACACGUUGUCCAGAUCAAGGUGGUCGAGGGACAGGAGGAGAUCAAGGUGGUCGAGGAACAGGAGGAGAUCAAGGUGGUCCAGGGACAGAUGGAGAUCAAGGUGGUCGAGGGGCAGAAGGAGAUCAAGGUGGUCCAGGGACAGGAGGGAGUCCAGACAAAGAUGAAGACAAAAAGUCCGGGAACUUUGCUUCGUAUGCUCUCAAAUUCACCGCAGGAGCAGCUGUCCUUGGCAUUGGAUCCUUCAUAGCAGCACCUCUGGUACUCACCGGAAUGGGCUUCACUGCAGCUGGUGUACAAGCCGGUUCUAUUGGUGCAUACCUGAUGUCAGCAUCUGCAAUUGCAAAUGGAGGUGGAGUCGCUGCAGGAAGUGCCGUUGCCUUACUUCAAUCCGCAGGAGCGGCGGGUGGAAUAGCUGCUACCACCUGCGCUGGCAUAGGAAUCGGGGGUGCGGCCGCUAUCACGGGUUUGGUGGCAACAGGGGAGGUUGUCGUGGGUACUGUGAGAUACAAGGUAAAGCAGCAUAACAGCCCUAAAACAAAGGAGGUUGGAACCCAGACAGACCCAGAUUGAAUUCUGCCGUCUCCUUUGGAAGAAUGCUACAUGUAAUCCAUUGAUAUCAAUCUUCAUUCCAGAAAGUAAUUAAGAUUCUGUUUCUGUUUCUCUUCAUGGUAACUCCCGUAGGAACUCGGCAGGACAGCUUUUUGCUGGCUAUCGUCUGGCUGAUAAACAACUAAUUACAUGUACCUAGGAAACAUUCUACUUCUAGGUUAAUCAGUCAUAGUGGCUGCCGUUAUUGACGGCAGAUAUUAUACUCUUGGGCCUUUUUAUCAAAGUGGAGACAAUGGCAGAGUGGGGAUUCGAACUCACAACCUCGCGAUAAUGAGUCCAAUGGUCUAACCACUGGACCAUUGCUUUAGUUUGAAUUAUAAUUCAAUUUAGAUGUCUGUAUCCCUCUGCAAUGACUCUAAAGAUCUGUUUACCAUUGUGCCCUGCAAAAGGAAAUAAGCAACAAGCAAAUCAGUUUUUAGUGACUGAUUGUAUUCAAAAUGUUUCAAAUGAUACAAAAAACUUUUCUCUUUUUUUUUAGACCGAAAUAGUUCUUUCAAGUGUGUUCUCACUCAAGUCUUGAACACCUCCCAGAGCAAAGAGAUACCGCAUUUACUUCAUUGCCAAUUAAUUUUCGUUCAUCAACAGGAACUAGCUCUUCAAUCACGUAUUAAUUCCUUUUGCUUUCAUACUAGGAUAAUAACUACUGUAAGUUACCAAUAACGCUGUUUAAAAUUUUAAGCACGUUGUUUAAGCCCAUCACUCUAACAACUAUUGUUGAAACUUUUUAAACAACUGUUGAAACUUUUUAAACAACUGUUUAAACCUUAAACAAUUGUUUUAACCUAUUAAACAAGUUGUUUACAAUUACAAAAAAACAACUUGUUAGAGUGACAGGCUUAAACAAUGCUUUUUUUUACUGUGUGGGGCAUGUUAAGUAUUACCAACCCCUCUCCCGCAAAGGCGAUGAUAGACAUUCAGUGUAGUAUUACUACUCUUAUUGAAUAAAGUAUUAUAAUAGCGGGGGGUAUUUUUUAACCUUCCAUUUAAUUUCGAUAAACAUCUUAUAAUACUGUGCUAGCCCAGACUGUACCCUAUAUACAAACAGAUCGAAGAAUGCAAAAACUGUCAAAAUUGCAAGCGAAACAUUCCACCCCCUCUGGCCAUUAAUAAUGAUUACUAAAGAUAUAUGUCGUAAUAUUGGAAAUGACCAUAUACUUAUAUUUUCCCUUUUUUUCUCUGAUUCAAUUGAAUAUUUGUAUGGUUGGAUAUAUAUACAUUUUCUAAGAUAAAGUGACAAUAAUCGUUCGCUCCUUUCAUCUACGGUUUUUUUGUUGUCUCGCCUGAACGAAAUUUAUAUGAUGUCACGUCCAUCCUUUUGUGAAGUUUUUGUCCAACCAGCUCUCAUUUCUUUAUUUCUGUAUCAAUUAUGUUCACACUUGGUUAAAAUGAUUUGUGGGUAAUACCGCAUUUGUCUUGUUUAGGGUGAUUGGGUCAUCAGUCAUAUAAGCUUGAAUGGUCAAUUUUUGUUUAAAUCGUUCUCAUUUCUUAUUUCUGCAUUGAUUGUUUAUGCUUGGUACAUACGAUCCUUGUGUAAAUAGUUCAUGAAGAUGAUUGCGUCAGAAGCAAUCUCGGGGUCAAAGGGUCAUUUUUUUUAAUUGCUCUCAUUUCUUUAUUUCUUCAUCAAUUGUGUUUGCGCAUGGAGAGCGCAUGCUGCCAAUCUCUAGUGCAAUAUUUCUGAAAUAUGAAUCAAAUUCAUGCGACUGACGAUCAGUCGCAUGUGACUAUUUCGAGGAAUUUUCGCUCCACGAUGUAAGGACGGUUCAUUAAUAGAGAACACAUUGUUAACGCCGUUAAUGACAAACAACAACAAACAAAUCUUUUUUUUAAGUUGGUGAAACAAAAGAACAGUUUCGUCCCCGACUCUUGGCGAACGACGUAAUACGAAAAUAUCAUUGCAAAACUUUCGUCAGCUCCAAAACCUAGGACGAAACUGCCGCUCCGGUUCAUCAGAUUUUUACAAAGACCUCCAAGCUAUUUCUUGUCACAUGACAUGCAUUUAUAAUAAAUACAGUCAGUGGAUUCGUGAACCCUCAUCGCAGAGCGAAAAGUCACUAUUGUCAAAGACAUUCAAGCAAUGUUGCCGUACAAAAGUAUCAUUUGUUGUAAAUGAGCAAUGUGUGUUCGUCGUUUACAUAGGCGUCAAUGCAAUUUAACAGCAUAUUUUCUUCAAUAUCUUUCCAUAGAACGAUCAUUUCUUCCCCAAAUUUUGCCUGACCGCGCAACAUAAAAAGUGUUUUAGAAACAAUAACUCAAAUCUGACUGAUGUGUCACUUGCUUCCUUUUGCCAAAGUUGGGCAGAAUGGUAUUCAUUGUCUGCAACUGAUCAGAUCAGUGUAGAAAUUGAUUUAAGAAUUGUGGUAUUGUUUAUUUUUUGAAAGCUGAAACGGAUAAAAUACGAAUAUCCAUAUUACUUUGCACAGAAUGACUCCGUUAUUGACCUUUCAUCGUAUGCUACAAUUCCAGAUUAUUUAUUCUAAUGAAAAAUAAUGUUUACAGAAAUAUAUUUGCUGGACAAAAAUCGCUUUUUUAUUUCCAUAUGAAUAUGGCAGAGCUGCCUAUAAGUUGGAUUUGUUUCUAUUUAGUAUGAUUUUUAAGGGGAAAAUAACACUAAAUAGGAUUAUCCCGCUAGAAAUAGGAUUUCUGAAACCUGUGAGAAUUUUUUAUCAAAAAUCUAAAGCAAAAUAUAUUAGGAUUUUAUAUAUAGGAUUUUAGGCUUGAAAAUAGGAUAAAUGGAGAUAAAGAAUAGCGUUCUUCUUCUACAAUCCAGGUUUACAGCCCAGAGCCCCGUCAUACAAGAGUUGCGAUUGAUCCGGUCAAUCACAACUAUGGACGGUCAACAAUGUCAAUAUCUAUUAUGCAUGUUUGUUCAAAAUAUUUUCUUACUACGAUGUAUAUUCAUGCAUUCAUUGUUUUCUUGAAAAUUCACUGUGCUUCUCUUUGUUUUCAAAGACAUUUUGCAAAUUUCCUGUCGAAAAAGUUAUAACGUUAAAGGAUUUCCAUAGAGUUACGAUCAAUCGUUAAUCUUUGUAAGAUGGGGUCCAUAUGUGGUGUCUUUGAACAUGUGACAUCAAGGGAAAAUAGCUGCAGUUGUAGUUUCCUGAGUUUGUUAUUUACGUGGUCUAGUAGCAGUUAUUCUACUUCUCGCCCACUACUACACUACACUUUGUCCAGUAUACACAAUUGUAUAUUUUAAUCUAGUAUCCAGUUGGUCUAAUUUUCACUCUGUCUACCUAUUUAUAUAUUUAUUUAUUAACAGUUCACCUAUAAAAUAAGUGGUGUUAACCCAAGUGAAAAUGAGACCAAAUGGGAGCAGCCCAACUAGAAAUCCGACAAAAUUGAUGAAUGAAUUUCAAAGCGAUUAGACCAAUUGCUUAGUAGACAAAGUGUUAAUAUACUUACUAGGAUUAGAUCAUUGAGGUGAGGCAAAGCACAUGUAGACUAAUCAGCAAUUAAUUUGAAUUUAUUUGUAUCCGCAGUGCAUAAAUUUGUGUUCCAUUGGAUCAAAUAAAAUAAUUUACAGAAACUCAUGCACAUAAAAUGGAUAUGAGCCCAUAAACUAAAACAGAUUUAACCAUCGGUCAUGUCGGUUUAAAAAAUGUGUAAAAAAUAAAAUUCCGAAAUGUAUUAGCAGUUAUUGUAUCUCUUGCGCUUCUUAAGAUUUGGACAACUUCUCGAAUAAAUUUUAGUGUUAUAUAUGAUUCGACAAAAAGACUACAUGUUUGAAUUAUUAUAUAUGUGUAUUUUUUUUCUUUGAAAAAAAAUUUAUAUUUGUCUUAAUAUAUACCUGCAAUUUGGAAAUAUUGUACUUAUAAUGCAGAAGAAUAAUAAAUCGGAACUUACAU